CCGCCAGGUGGCUCUGACGACACAAACACAGGCUACAGUGUCAACAGGGAAAGUGUGACUCAUCUGUCAUAUCUCUGCUAAUUGUACCUUCUGUUACUGAUGGACGGCCACGUUAAUAUUGACAGAGAUGACAAAGUGGUAGCUGUGGAGGAUAGUGUUAAUAAAGGAGUGAAAAAGAAAAGGAGAUCCCAGAACCAAGAAGAUGCGUCAGGAGGUCAGCCACCCACACAGAGCAUACAGCCAGGAGCUCAGAAUGAUGGAGGUGUGGCGUUAGACACUAAUGCUGCCUUCUCAAACGAUCACGUACAAGAAAAUGGUCCUCAGGGAGUUGUGAGACGACACCAAAGAGGUGGAGGUGGAGCAGAACAGGAGCCAGCUGGAAGUGCACCCCCAGCUAGAAGAGGGACUACACAAGAAACCAGGCAAAGUCGUCAUCCUCCUGGAGAAUGGGAAGAAGUAGAGGAAGAGGAAGAAGAGCUUAAGUAUGGAGCACAACAUGUGAUAAAGCUGUUCAUCCCUGUGUCUCUCUGCAUGCUGGUGGUUGUUGCCACUGUAUCUUCAGUUACAUUCUACACAGAGAAGGGAACUUACUUGUUGUACACUCCAUUUCAUGAGGAGUCUCAGAGCAUUGGGGAUAAAGUGUAUGAUGCCUUGAGGAACGCGCUAAUACUUCUGGGUGUGGUGGUUGCUUUAACCAUCGUGCUUAUAAUACUCUACAAGAAGCGAUGUUAUAAGAUCAUCCAUGGGUGGCUGCUCAUGUCUUCUUUACUGCUCCUCUUUAUUUUCACCAUAAUAUAUAUGAUGGAGCUACUCCGUGGGUAUAACCUUGGAAUGGACUGGAUCACUGUAUCUAUAUGUGUGUGGAACUUUGGCGUGAUGGGGAUGGUGAGCAUCCACUGGCAUGGACCACUGCGCCUCCAGCAAGCUUACCUGAUCUUCAUUGCCUCACUCAUGUCCCUCAUGUUUAUCAAGUAUCUUCCUGAAUAUACACUCUGGAUGGUCUUGGCUGUCAUCUCUAUCUGGGAUUUGGUCGCUGUGUUGUCUCCCAAGGGCCCACUGCGUAUAUUGGUCGAGACUGCGCAGGAGAGGAAUGAGCCUAUAUUCCCUGCUCUCAUCUAUUCUUCUAACAUCAUGUACAGCACUUUGGGCAUGGCAAAAUCCUUUGAUAAUGAAAAUGAUGGUGCCUCAAGCUCUCGUAGCAGACACCAGGAUGACUCAAAUGCUGCUGGAGAUGGAGCAAUGGAGGGCCAAGCUGGUGCACAGAGAGAAGGAGAUACCACAAGGAGGAGGCAUGCAGAAAAUGGACAUGUGGCUGGAGAUGGAGAUGCUGGUUUCACAGAGGAAUGGGCCCUACAUAAUGAUGAGCGAGCUUUGAGGAGACGAGAACAGGUUAAUAGCCAUCUCCGUCAAAACACUGCAAAUGUUGAAUACCCACAACCUCAUCCCCGUGACCUUACUGCAGAAGAAGAAGAAGAAAGAGGUGUGAAACUUGGACUGGGAGACUUCAUUUUCUACUCUGUCCUGGUUGGCAAAGCUUCUUCAUAUGGUGAUUGGAACACCACCAUUGCUUGUUUCAUUGCCAUUCUAAUUGGGUUGUGUCUGACUCUGAUCAUGCUGGCCAUUUUCAAGAAAGCCCUGCCAGCCUUACCCAUAUCCAUCACAUUUGGCCUUAUCUUUUAUUUCUCAACAUCUUUACUAGUUGUGCCAUUCACAGAGCAGCUUGCAAGUGAACAGGUUUAUAUAUAGUACAAGCCACAGUUUAAAACCAACUAGGUAAAUAUUUAAGGAAACUUUCCACAGUGGACCAUGAGCAAGAACAAGUGUGUAUAUAUACUGAGUGUCACAUUAAAGUAGAUUCACUGGUUGGUGGUACUGUAGUGCAGGAGGAAAAAAUGAUGAACAUCAUUGAAGAAGGAAAAACUGCCAUUAAGGUAUUGUAAGCCAUAAUACAGUACAGGGUAUUUGUCUUUUUUUUUCAGUUUUAAAAAUGAAUAAUUCUUACAACAAAUUGAGACCAGCUAUUAUACAUAACCUACCCAGUGGUUUUCGUUUGUGGUAAAUUAAAAGGUAAGAGCAUCACGACAAUUGUGCUAAAAUUUUAUUCAAGUAAUUUAUAAAUAUUUUACAAGACAAGUGAUGUUCAUAAGGAAAAAAAUAUAAAAAGUUUUUUCCAACAACUGAUUGUAAAAUCCAUGAGUCAUAAUAUCUGAGAAACUUUUGGUAAACCUAAGCAAGUUUGUCAUGUUCAUGUAAGAAUAUGACCAUACUCUUUUAUUAUCUUUGUAGUAAUAUAGGAUUGUAUUUAUGUCUUUCAUGCUUUAAGUUGUAUUAUGUUUAGGAUCUGAUGUCAUAGCUACUGUAGAUAUUUAAGAGAGUCUGUACAGUGCCUGCAUAUGGUACUGUCGCAAUUUGGUACAACUUUUUAUUCCUACACUGAUUUUAUAUACGCAUACACACAGUAAUCUGUAUGUAUAUAAUGUGUCAUGCUAAAUAAGGAUAAUCCAGCAAUUAAGCCUUAGAAUGCAUCUUGAAAUUUUUUGCCAAAUAGGAAUAACUUCUUUAUUUUAAUGCUGAAGCUUGAAGGAAACUAAUUCAUGUAUACAGGUAGUAAAAAUGAACUAUGUUUCAUUGGGGACUCUUUUGCUACCACACCAUAUAAAUGUACCUAAAUUAGUUUAGGUUAGCUUAGGUCCGACUAGUUUAGUUAGCUUAUCAAUGAUUCUAUGCAUUUACAAUUUGUAUUAUGAUAAUCUGUGUGAUCAUUCCUGUAUACAGACCAGUUUAAAUUGAAAAUAUAUAUAUUUCACAAUUACUGUACAGAGUCUGUAUUUAGCGUGACUCGUGUAUAAUCAGUAAGCACUCUAAUUAAUGGGUCUCUUCUGAACACCUUUUCUACUAAACAGAAUGUGAUCAAGUGUGUUAACCUGUUAACUAUGAAAAAUUCACAUUGAUUGGUUAGCCUCCAACCUCUUUAAGUUUAGGAUUAAUACAAUAAUAUACAUAAUACUUGUAAUGGUAACUUAAUGUUUUAUUAAUACAGUUGUAAGGAAUUGUGUUUAAUGGUUAUAAUAUUAAAGGUAACAUUCUCAUAAAUAAAGUUGUGCUCUUAGAUCACUAAAAAUGUUUCUACGAAACAGGAUUUUUAACUUAAGGGACCAUCCUACACUAUUUGCCCCAUUAAUUACAGACUUUACUGUACAGUACAGUGCUGUGCUGUAAUAUACAUGUCGUGCAUUUUAGGGAUAAUCAUCUGAUUAUACUUUAAUACGUAACAUACAGUAUAGCUUUUAUUAUUGUUUUUGUACAAGUAACCACUAAAAUUAGUUCUUGUGGUAAAAUGGACUUUGUUUUAAUACAUUCUUACGGUACAUUGUAUUGUUUGAGACAUUCUUUGCUCUCUAAACCAUAACCAAAUUUUACCUUAGGUAGGUCAGAUUAGGUUAGGUUACAUUAUCUUAUCUUAAGUUAGGUUAGUACUGAUGAUACUGACUUACAGUUUGUAUUAUAUUUAUCUACAUGAUUGUUCCUAUGUACACAUUAGUUUUUUGUUUUUAAUCAGAAAUAUGUUGCAAUUAUUGCUAAGAUAAAGAGCACAUUAAAUAAAAUACUGUAUCCAGUAAUACUGUACAUAUUUUCUCAAGGAAAACUGUCAUUUAAAUACUUAAAUUGUUGCUGCUUUUGAAGAAGACAUGUACAGAAAUGAAUGAAUGAUGAUAUGUGUAAACUCUUGCAGAUGUUACAAAUAAAUUGUGACAUUUUGUUAAGUGGAUCUUAGAUUUUUAUAUCACAAGUUAGAAUAAUUUUUAUGAGGGCACUUGUCACAAUUGCAUCUAAAGAGUCAUAGCAUAGCUGAUACAGAUCUUAAGUUCUAGUAUCAACAACAGUGAUUGAGAGAGAGUGCUGAUUGCUUUACUCUGGCAAAUUUACCUCCCUGAGUGUUUCUGUGAUUUGCGACUUGAUUUCCUGUAACAAAAAUGUUUAUACAAAUACAGUAGUAAUAUUUUUUUGUUUUA